AUGUCGUCCUCCAUCUACAACCAUCGGUCGCUGCAACCGACGGGUCCACCGAGCGCGCCCGGCUCGCGCUUGGACGCCCACUUUGAAGCCAUCCGGAACGAGUUCGACGGGCUAUCGCGCGAGGCGGAACUCCUCCGUGGCCAGCGGGACGAGUACGACUCCAAAGUGACAUCCCAGGUCAACGAACUGAACAUCAUCCGCCAAUCGCUGUACGACCUCGAGGCCCAACACGGCAAGAUCCGCCAGCAGUACGAAGACGAGCUCGGGCGCCUGCGGGCCCAGGUCGAUGCCCUCCGGAACGGCCAGCUUGACCCGCGCGAGCGCGGCAUCGGCCUCGGCCUAGACCGCGGCGACGUCAACGGGCGCCCAGGGCUCUCUUCGCUCGAUGCCCGCUCGGCCGAGAUCAACGGGCGCGGACUCGACGGGCGCGGCAUGGACGGCCGCAUCGACGCCCGCCUCGGCCUCGCCGACUUCUCGCGCGACCGCGACGGCCGCGAUCGCUUCGACCCCUCGCGUCCACCCACAUCCGUUCCCGGCCUCCCCGGUGGGCCACCGUCCAUCUCCGGUCCGGGCGCCCCCACGCCCGGCCCCGGCGGACUACCCCCCAUUGGGCUGUCGGCGCCACCUGGAGGGCCGUUGGGUACGCCAGGUACCGGUCCAGGAGGACCCGGUCCCGUCGGGUUAGGCGGACCUGGACCGGGAGGCUACCCUGGUCUCCCUCCUGUCCCUGGGCCCGAGAAUUAUAUGCCCCGCGACCGCGACCGCGAGAUCAGGCUGGCGGAGAGAGAGAGGGACAGGGACGUCACCAUGCGCGACGGAAGGAUGGACCGUGAGCGGGAUCGCGACAGGGAACGUGAACGGGAUCGCGAAAUGCGCGAACGGGACGCGCGGAUGGACCGGGACCGCGACGCGCGGUUGACGCUCUCGGACCGCGAGCGCGCGGAGCGGGACAUGCGGCUCGUGAGCGGCGACCCGGCGCGGUUUCAGCAGUCGCAGCCGCAGCUGCCGCCACAGCCGGGAAGGGACGAGCGCGAGAGGGGAAGGGAGCGCGAGAGGGAGAGAGAACGCGAGAGGGAGCAGCGCGAUAGGGAGCGCGAGCGUGACCGGGAGCAGCGGGAGAGGGAGCGCGAGCGGGACGACCGCGAGUUGAAGAGGGCGAAGACGGAGAGGGACGUGAGGGCGAAAGAAGGGUAUUCGCCUGCGUUGUCGACGGCGGGGGUGCCCGCAUCUGCGGGGCCUUCGGCUGCUCCAGCUGGUGCUUCGGCCGGUGUGCCGAGUGGACCUGGGUACCCUGGCUCUGGUGUUCCCCCUCCCCCUCCUGGUGGACCGGGCGCAGCGCCGGCUGACGAGGUAGACCCUAUGACGCUGAGCCCGGGAUCGAUCCCUCCCGAGCUGAAGAAGGAGGGCAGCGACUGGUUCGCGGUGUGGAACCCUAAGGUGAAGCGCGUGUUGGACGUCAACUUGGUACAUACGCUCUAUCACGAGAGUGUGGUGUGCUGCGUGCGAUUCUCGCAUGACGGCAAGUACCUCGCGACGGGGUGUAACCGAUCGGCGCAGAUCUACGACGUCAAGACCGGUGCCAAGACUUGUGUUCUGGUGGACGAGAAUGCUAGCAAGCAGGGCGACUUGUAUAUCCGGAGUGUGUGCUUCAGCCCGGAUGGCAAAUACCUAGCGACUGGUGCCGAAGACAAGCAGAUUCGGAUUUGGGACAUCGCCAAGAAGCGCAUCCGGAACAUCUUUGAUGGGCACGAGCAAGAGAUCUAUUCGCUCGAAUUUUCGCGCAACGGGCGGCUGAUCGUGUCGGGCUCCGGAGACAAGACGGCUCGGAUAUGGGAUAUGGAGGUCGACUCCAACGGAACCCCGAGCACAGGCGGCUCGCUCACCAAGUUACUCGCUAUCAACGAACCGGACUCGAUCGACGCCGGCGUCACCUCCGUUGCCAUGUCCCCGGACGGCCGCCUCGUCGCCGCGGGCUCGCUAGACACCAUCGUCCGCAUCUGGGACGUGAACACGGGCCAGCUCGUCGAGCGCCUCCGCGGCCAUAAAGAUUCGGUUUACUCCGUCGCCUUCACGCCGGACGGGAAGGGGCUCGUCUCGGGCAGUUUGGACAAGACUCUCAAGUACUGGGACAUCCGCAACGUGCCGAGGGGCGGCCCGGCGGUGCAGAAGGCGCUGAAGGACGUGAAGGAGGGAGGGGAGAAGGGCAGCCAGUGCACGAUGAACUUUUUGGGACAUAAGGACUACGUGCUGUCUGUCGCGGUGUCUGCGGACGGGGAGUGGGUCGUGUCCGGGUCGAAGGAUCGCGGUGUCCAGUUUUGGGACGCGAGGACGGCGACGGUGCAGCUUAUGUUGCAAGGGCAUAAAAACUCUGUGAUAUCAAUCGACCUCAACCCGCAGGGCGGCAUGAUAGCGAGCGGCAGCGGUGACUGGCAGGCCCGUAUAUGUGAGUAG